CAGCCCAUCAUUUUGAUUUCAUUUCGUGCUUGGCAGUCGCGAGACAUAACCAAGUAAAACUGGAGGAAUUUAGGAGAUCCAACUUUUUCUAGGACGGAUUUUCUGUUUUUACAGUACAUGUUGCUGUAACGACUUGGCACGACACAGGACAAUCCGAAAAUGCAGCAACCAGUGAUUGAAGAGGGUGCGGCUUACGAGCCUUCCGUAAGAAGCUACGAUGAUCUAUUUCCAGCUUUGCCCGAAUCGAACACACAAAGUCAAAAUCACAACACUAUGGGACAAUGGAAUAAUAAAAUGAGAGUCGGUUCGUCGGUCAUCACUCAAGUGUUCCGGGUACCAUUCGAAGAACGUAAGCUGGACGGCAGUCAAAAAUUCGGCGAGGGCGAAUCUAUCCAGACUUGCGCGAACAUCAUGAAAGAGACCGGAGCUCACAUCGAAAUCUCCCACGCGAAAGACCAAUCGCUCACAUUUUUAGUAACCGGAAAGCAGAACGAAGUCUUGGAAGCCCGCCGCAAAAUACUAACCCAUUUCCAAACUCAAGCCAGCAAACAAAUAGCCAUCCCGAAAGAACACCACCGCUGGAUUUUAGGUAAGAAAGGCGACCGUCUCAAAGAAUUAGAAAAACAAACGGCGACUAAAAUCUCCGUACCGCCUAUGAACGACCCAUCAGACAUCAUCAGUAUCACCGGAACGAAAGAAGGAAUCGAAAAGGCCGAACACGAGAUUAAAGUCACUUCAGACCAGCAGUCGAAGAAGGCAUCAGAACGGAUCAACGUCCCGAAAAUUUAUCAUCCGUUUAUCGUGGGGCCUUACAAUGACUAUCUUAACCAACUAAUCGCGGAAACUGGGGCGAAAAUCAACGUCCCUCCACCGUCCGUUAUGAAAGACGAGAUUUUUAUUGCAGGAGAGAAAGAAGGUGUCUUAGCCGCUAAAGCUAAAAUCGAAGCCAUUUAUAAACAAAUGGAGAAGAAAUGCACCACAGUCUCAGUCGAAGUUCCUAAAUCGCAGCACAAAUACGUCAUCGGGCCUAAAGGGGCGACGAUAGCUGAAAUAUUGCAAACGACUGGAGUGAGUGUGGAGAUGCCUCAAGGCGAUUCGGCCACUGGAACAAUCACUCUGAGAGGACCCCACGAUAAGCUGGGUUUAGCCUUGAGUAAAGUCUACGAAAAAGCGAAUUCGGUGCGAUCGAGCGAUGUUGAAGCGCCAUCAUGGAUCCACAAAUACAUCAUCGGCCGCAAAGGACAAAAUAUCAAAGAGAUUACGCAAAAUUUGCCCAAAGUACACGUCGAAUUCACCGAAAAAGAAGACAAGAUUAAGAUUGAAGGACCCCCAGAGGAGGUGGAAAAAGCACAAGAACAAAUCGAAAAGAUGGCCAAGGAUUUGAUCAAAAAGCUCAUUUUUAUCGAGAUGCAUGUCGAUCCGAAGCUGUUUAAGCAUAUCAUUGGGAAGAAUGGCGCCAAUGUGAAUCGACUUAAGGAGGAGUUUGCAGUGGUGAUAAACAUCGACGAGAGCGGUCUUAUUCGUAUUGAAGGUCACAAAGACGGUGUUUUGACUACGAAACAAGAGCUUGAGGACCGUAUCAAGAAACUCGAAAACGAGAAAGAAAAAGAUGUGAUAAUCGAGCAACGCCACUACAAGAGUAUUAUCGGCGCAAAGGGUGAAAACAUCAAAGAAAUCCGUGAGAAAUUUAACCAAGUACAAAUCUAUUUUCCCGGCGCUGGCGAUAAAAACGACAUCGUUAAAGUUCGCGGCCCGAAAGAAGACGUCGACAAGUGUUGUCGCCAUUUAGAGAAAUUAGUUAAAGAACUGAACGAACAGUCAUAUCAAAUCGAAGUACCGAUCUAUAAGCAGUUCCACAAGUUUAUUAUUGGCAAAGGUGGGGCCAACAUUCGAAAAAUUCGCGAAGAGACACACACGAAGAUUGAUUUGCCGGCUGAAGGUGACAAGAAUGAUGUGAUUACGAUUACGGGUAGGAAAGAAGACGUCGAAGAGGCGCGCGAGAAGAUUAGGAAGAUUCAAGACGAACUGGAAAAUAUUGUCUCGGAGGAGAUCACGAUUCCUCCCAAAUUUUACAAUUCGUUAAUUGGGGCGAAAGGGAAACUUAUUCAUUCGAUUAUGGAAGAUUGCGGCGGUGUUGCUAUCAAGUUCCCGAGUGCUGAUAGUAAGAGUGAUAAGGUCACCAUUAGGGGACCUAAGGAUGACGUGGAUCGUGCCAAACAGCAACUGCUUGAUUUAGCUAACGAACGCCAACUUGCCAGUUAUACCGCCGAGGUACGUGCCAAAGCUCAACACCACAAGUUCCUGAUUGGCAAAAACGGUGCCAAUAUUAAGAAAAUUCGCGAUUCGACUGGAGCUAGAAUCGUGUUUCCUUCAAGUACCGACGAUGACAGAGAAAUCAUCACAAUUAUCGGCAAAAAGGAGGCUGUCGAAGAAGCCAAAGCGGCCCUCCAAGCCACUAUUAAAGAUAUUGACAAUAUCAUCGAGAGCGAGAUGUCGGUGGAACCUCGCCACCACAAGCACUUCGUGGCCCGUCGCGGCGAAGUCCUUCACAAGAUAAGCGACGAGUGCGGUGGCGUGAUGAUCUCUUUCCCUCGUUCGGGUGUCGACAGUGACCGCGUCGUCCUCAAAGGCUCCAAGGAGUGCAUCGAGGCGGCUAAGCAACGCAUCAACGAAAUUAUCCAAGACCUUGAAUCGAUGGUAACUAUCGAAUGCAUCAUCCCGCAGAACCACCAUCGCACCGUUAUGGGCGCCAAAGGCUUCAAGGUGCAAGGUAUCACCUCUGACUUCGACGUUCAGAUCAAAUUCCCUGAUCGGGAGAACACAGAGGAGUACCCCGGCCAUGAGCAACUGAACGGCGACAUCAACGGGGGGCCGGUGCGCCAAUGCGACGUCAUUCGCAUCACCGGUAAAGAAGAAAACUGUCUCAAGGCGAAACAAGCUCUCUUGGAUUUGGUCCCGGUGACUAUCAACGUGGACGUGCCCUAUGACUUGCACAGGUCGAUUAUCGGACAAAAAGGCCGCGAUGUUAAGGAAUUGAUGGACAAGUAUGACGUCCAUAUUGUUCUUUCUCCAGCUGGAGUUAAAAAAGAUGUGAUUAAAAUCACCGGAACGCCGAGUAAUGUCGAAAGGGCUAAAGAGGCAUUGUUAGAAAAAGUGCAAGAGUUGGAAGCUGAUAGGAAAGAUCGCGAAUUGAAGUCUUUUGCGUUGAAAAUUGAAGUCAAUCCCGAGUAUCAUCCGAAGAUUAUCGGUAAACGCGGAGCUGUUAUCACGAAAAUUAGGAAAGAUCAUGACGUGCAGAUUAUUUUCCCCAAAAAAGGUGAUCCAGACGAGCAGAUAAUCACUAUCACCGGCUACGAAGAGAACACCCAUAGGGCAAAAGAAGACAUAAUGAAAAUCGUCAACGAACUCAACGAACUUCUUCGCGAGGAAGUCCAAAUCGACUCGCGAGUUCACUCACGUAUCAUAGGCGCUCGCGGUCGAAACAUCCGCAAAAUCAUGGAAGAUUACAGAGUGGACAUUAAAUUUCCUCGUCCCGAAGACACCGAUCCGAAUCUCGUCAUUAUAACCGGCCACGAGGAGAACGUCGUGGAUGCUAAAGAGCACUUGAUGAGUCUAGAAGAACAAUACUUGGAAGACGUCGCGGAUCAAGAAGAUAGAGAGAAACAACACACUUUGAGCUUUCAUUUCGAUCCAAAUAUGACGGGCAGCCGCUCUCGCGAUCCCAAUGGUUUUGUGGUUAAAGGGGGGCCGUGGGAGCAAAAGGCUCCCAACACCGCCAGCGUGACCGAAUUUCCCUCGUUCGGACGCAACACCGAGGAGCCUCAAGUCUCCCCUAUCUCUGGGGCUUGGGGAAGUCGCCGUUAAGUCAUAAAUUCAGCUAAGUCUCUACUGUGAUUUCAUUUUUUUUGUUUGAUUUUAAAAAUUUGUAACGGUUUCAUCAACUUUUAGUUUCGGGAUUUUUUGUAAAAUUUGGUGAAAUUGACCGCGAGACAAAAGUCACUGCCAAAAACAAGUAGAGAACUGAAGCUAUAAUUUUCAAGGUUAUGUUAAGUAUACUAACCUAGUAGUAAGAAUAACAGUUGCUGGUGCAACCUCUUCCCUCACUGUUUGCUGCAUUAAAUGAUAGGCCUGGCGACGACACUGGACUCUCGAUAUGGAAACUGAAAUACACAGACGCAAGCUAUUUCUUUUUGACGAUAUUAUGUCUUCCCUGUGGCGAGCAGACUAGGCCUAGUAACGGCACUAAUCACGUGGAGAUGUUAUGAUAUUUACUGUUUUAUUUUAACUAGCUGUACAUGAAUGAUGAUCCUUUUGUAUAUUAAUCUAGUUGAUUUAAACAUAUUAUAUUGUUAUGCAUAGUUGGAUAUAUUAUAUAUAUUUUUAAAGUUUUAUAUAUUUUUUUGUGUCAUAACUUCUCUGCUCUUCGUAACGAGGCGGUGCAUUUGUGCCUUCCUCAUUUUUAUAUGACCGUACUGAACUCUCGUAAGGCACAUUUUGCAUUUUCCGGAGCUUUUCCUCAAAAGGGUGAAGGAUUUUUUGUUUUAUUUAUCUAUUUUUAUUAUCAUUAAUUGUAAGAAAUUCAACAACAACAAACAGACUGAAAUGUGCCGCUGAUUCGGCACUACUUAAUUAUUUUGUGUUUUGUGAAGUGGAAUUUUGCUGUUAUUGUAUAUAAUUAUUAUAUGCACGAGUCCUUGCGGUCCAUUUUGUUAGCCCAGGACUAACCUGAGGGAGAGAAAUAUAUUAAUUUAAAAUAAA